AAUUUUUUUUUUUAAUUUAUAAUAGUUCUUCAUACAAUCUAUUAGUUUGUGGAAAAAUUCUACUGAUAACUAUUUUAAAUAUACGUGAAAAUAUUUUUUUGUUUUUUAGGUUAAUCCACCCUACAACCCGUUAAUUGCGUGCACUAAUUAUCAAUAUCUUGCUUCACAUUCAGUCAAAAAAUGACUUUUUAAAAUUAAAUUCAGGACAUCUAUCUUAAUAUAGUUCAAUUUUUUAAAAUUCUACCAAUGAAGUCUAUUCUCUAUUCAAAACUUUCCAUAGAAUCCAAAUGGGGCAAAACUCGUAUAGAUUUUAUGCGGUUUUUGAUCCAUUUGAUUGGAUUCUAUGAAAACUUUUGAAUCAUAAUAAUAAAGCAAUUACUUUGAUACUUUUUUUUUCGUUUAAAUUUUAUUAGUUUCAUCAAAUUUUUAAAAUUGGACUAUACCCAAAAAAUUAUCAAAUUUAUUAAUUUAUUAAUUGAUUAUCAUUACAGCGAUUUUUGUAGCUUUUGAAAAAAUUCAAAAAGCGAACUUCCUCGUGGGAUUUCCAUCAUUCGAGUCCAUAAAUAUUUGAAACGUUUUAACCUUUGAAAAUGUUUGUAUGACAGAAAAUGUAAAUAAGUUAUAUAUUUACAAAAAUAUUUGCAUAUAAUAGUUACCAAUUCUAGUUAUUGGAUUAUUCAAUUAAGUUGUGAAAAAAUUUAACAAUGUCACUGUCGAUGACGAAGCGUUCUUUCACACUCGCAAGAUUUUUGCGUUAUAGUUCAACGAAAUCAACAGAAGCUAUUUCUGAAACCGUAAACCAAAAAUCAUCAGUUGACAAUAAAGAAAUAGAACAUCAUGAAAAAUUAUCAGAGCAAUGGUGGAAUAAACAGGGACAGAUGCGCGCUUUGCAUGCAUUCAAUCCUCUACGAGUUCAAUUUAUUCGAGAUGGGUUCAAAAAUGUCGGGUGGACAGAAUCAAAUCCUCGAUAUCCAUUAGAAGGGCUAGAAAUCCUUGAUGUUGGUUGCGGUGGCGGAAUUUUAUCCGAGGCAUUAGCAAGGGCCGGAGCGAAUGUUACAGGGAUUGAUGCAUCGAAGCAAUUAAUUGAAACUGCUAAAAAACAUGCGUCUCUAGAUUCAAAUUUAUCUAAGAACUUGAUUUAUAUCGAUACUUCAGUCGAGGAUCAUGUUAACAACCAAGCGAAAAUUUAUGACGGGGUUGUUGCUUCAGAAGUCUUAGAACAUGUUUCUAAUAAAGACAUUUUCAUAAACUAUUGCACUAAGGCUUUGAAACCAGGAGGUUCCAUAUUUAUCACCACCUUAAAUCAAACUAUUCCAUCGUUUAUCGGUGGGAUUAUUUUUGCUGAAUAUUUAUUAAAUAUCGUACCCAUCGGUACUCAUGAAUGGAAUAAAUUUAUUUCACCUGAAAAUACUCGGUGUCUUUUAGAACGAUAUGGAUGCACUACCAAACUAAUUCAUGGGAUGAUUUAUAAUCCUCUAACAAACAAAUGGCAUUGGACAUCAUCAGAAGCAAUCAAUUACGCCAUACAUGCUAUUAAAUCUGAUGAUUGAAUUAGAUAUAUUUGAUGUUCAGUUUCAAAAUUUCAUGCUUAAUUCUUAAAAUAAAAAAUCACUUUCGA